GAUCGAUUUCGUAGCAGUCAUGCCGAAGAUGCGGCCGCUCGUUGUGGGAACCGUCCUGCUGCUGGGGCUGAGCCUGGCCUGGGCUGAGAUCAAGAGCCCAAAGGUGAACCUUUACACCGAGAGACCCUUGUCUGCUGACUCCAAGAACACCAUCAUCUGCUACGUCGAGAGCUUCCACCCUCCGCUUAUCGAGGUGAAGCUCCUGAGGAACGGGGAGGAAAUUCCGGGCUGCAGACAUAGCGACCUGACCUUCCAGAGGGACUGGACCUAUCAGAUGAUCUCAAGCGCCGACGUUACCCCGCGGGAGGGCGACACUUUCCAGUGCAAGGUCCUGCACAACGGCGUCACCAAGACCUACGAGCAGACUGUUUAGAUGAUAAAUCCCGAAGCGCCUCUCUCGCCUCUCUCUCUCCCCUCUCGCCUGCAAUG